AUGGGACAGCAGCGACGUUACUAUUACUUUAAAUCUAACACUGGCAACAACCGGUCAAGCUCAGUAGCAUGGCAUCUUACACAGGCGGCUACAGGGUCGAACAGUUGCAUGGAAUCUAACACUGGCAACUACAGGGUCAAGCCCAGUAGCAUGGAAUCUUACACUGGCAACUACAGGGUCAAGCCCAGUAGCAUGGAAUCUUACACUGGCAACUACAGGGUCAAGCCCAGUAGCAUGGAAUCUAACACUGGCAACUACAGGGUCAAGCCCAGUAGCAUGGAAUCUUACACUGGCAACUACAGGGUCAAGCCCAGUAGCAUGGAAUCUUACACUGGCAACUACAGGGUCAAGCCCAGUAGCAUGGAAUCUAACACUGGCAACUACAGGGUCAAGCCCAGUAGCAUGCAAUCUAACACUGGCAACUACAGGGUCAAGCCCAGUAGCAUGGAAUCUUACACUGGCAACUACAGGGUCAAGCCCAGUAGCAUGGAAUCUAACACUGGCAACUACAGGGUCAAGCCCAGUAGCAUGGAAUCUAACACUGGCAACUACAGGGUCAAGCCCAGUAGCAUGGAAUCUUUUACUGGCAAGUACAGGGUCAAGCCCAGUAGCAUGGAAUCUUUUACUGGCAAGUACAGGGUCAAGCCCAGUAGCAUGGAAUCUUUUACUGGCAACUACAGGGUCAAGCCCAGUAGCAUGGAAUCUUUUACUGGCAAGUACAGGGUCAAGCCCAGUAGCAUGGAAUCUUACACUGGCAACUGCAGGGUUAAGUUCAGUAGCAUGGAAUCUCACACUGGCAGCUACAGGGUCAAGCCCAGUAGCAAAGAAUCUUAUACUGGCAACUACAGGGUUAGGUUCAGUAGCAUGGAAUCUUACACUGGCAACUACAGGGUCAAGCCCAGUAGCAUAGAAUCUUACACUGGCAACUACAGGGUCAAGCCCAGUAGCAUGGAAUCUUAUACUGGCAACUACAGGGUCAAGCCCAGUAGCAUAGAAUCUUAUACUGGCAACUACAGGGUCAAGAUGACAAGCAUAGAAUCUUAUACUGGCAACUACAGGGUCAAGCCCAGUAGCAUAGAAUCUUAUUACUGGCAACUUCAGGGUCAAGCCCAGUAG